AUGCUCUUUUCAGUAGGACUACCCCGAAGCCGCGGGGGUCGGUUCUUCCAACGUGACGGUUUCAACAUCUCACUGCCGGACCGGGCAGGAGAGGCCAUGGAGAAGAUGCAAGCAAAGAGAUCAGAAGUUCUACGAAAUCUGACAGAAGAAGCCCGAGUGAAGGGUGACCUUGUUGUGGGUGACUACGAGGACACCUACUAUAACCUCAGCCUCAAAUUAUUUCACACAUUCCAAUGGGCUUCUCUUUCCUGUCUUCCGCAUUUCACCUCUCAACAACGACUUCCUGCCUUCAUAUUCAUUGAUGAUGAUUUCGCCUUCAAUGUAGGCCUUUUGAAGGCCGAAUUGAGGGCCCUCACUGACGCACAAAUUCGACGGGUUACCUGGGGCUUCCCACAUAAUAAUAUAUGGGUAAGACAUAUGUUACCCUUAGGCUUCAACUCAAAGUGGUUCGUUUCCAAGCGCGAGGUGCCCUGGCCCUAUCACGCUCCCUUUGCCGCCGGCCAAUUUUACGUCAUGGGCGCUGAUGUUCUGCAGGAAAUUGCACUAGCCAUGUACUUCACUCUGCAGUUUCCAAUAGACGAUGCCUGGUUAGGCUUGGUUAUGACGAAGUUAGAUCUCUACUUUCAGUCUCGUCCAUAUAUGUACAUAAAUGUGCCUCAGGGUGUUAGAAAAGAUUUGGUUCUGUUUGCACCCCUCGACUACCUCUUUCCUUUACAAUGA